ACAUGCAAAGCACGCAGUCAACGAUCAGUUGCGGUUUGACGAUCGCCGCGAAAAGGUUAAAAUUAUUAAAUAUCGAUUUAAUAAACAUUCAAGUGUUAAUAAAUUGAUUGAUAACUUUUAUUGCAUUGACUAAGUGUGGCGGCGUUUAAUAAUAUAGUCUUUAGAGCUACUCAACCGUUGAACGAGUUCAAGUGAAGUGUGCCAUAAAUUUUAGAAAUUAUUGAAUAUUUCUUUAUUACUUUUUAAGUGUCAUAUAAUAUCAGGAAAAAUUUCUUGAUAUUUUAGCAAAGUGCAACAGAUAAUGAUAUUGUCCUUAGACAAUAUUUUAUUCCUCUUAGAACACAGUAAAAAGUUUAAAUCUUACUCACCCAACAAUGGCUGAUUCUGGUCAUGUUAAUCCAGCCUACGAGGGUAAUAUUGAUGCAGGCACUGAGAGCAGAACAGAGGAUAACUCAAAAUCGACGGAUACGAAUUUGGAAGCAAAUACAAAUACAGACUUACCACCAGUAGAAUCCCAAGAGAAUACAAGAAAACGUGAUAAUUGGGGUAAUGAUCUUGAAUUUCUUAUGUCCUGUAUAGCACUUUCCGUUGGCCUUGGAAAUGUGUGGCGUUUUCCAUUUACCGCACUGGAGAAUGGUGGUGGCGCAUUUGUGAUACCUUAUAUUAUAGUCUUAUUUUUAGUUGGUAAGCCAGUAUAUUAUAUGGAAAUGUUACUUGGUCAGUUCUCCAGUCGUGGCAGUGUUAAGGUAUAUGACUUUGCGCUAAUACUUCGAGGUGUGGGAUAUGGACAGCUUCUAGCAACUGGUGUGAUAACUACUUAUUAUGCCACGCUGAUGGCUCUCACUUUGAGAUAUUUUAUUGACUCGUUUUAUCCUACAUUACCAUGGAGUUAUUGCAGGGACGAAUGGGGUGAUAAAUGUAUUGACUCUAAACUUAAAACAGAAACCACCACACCGGCACCAGGAGAAGUGAAAACUACUUCAGCAGAGUUUUAUUUUACGAAUAUAAUAUUACGCGAGAAGGAAUCCAUAGAUGAUGGUAUCGGCAAUCCUAAUUGGCAGCUAGUUUUGACAUUAGCUGUGGCAUGGGUUAUAAUAUCAUUAAUUCUGAUUAAAGGUAUUAAAAGUUCUGGUAAAGCAUCAUAUUUUCUGGCGGUCUUUCCUUAUGUUAUAAUGUUGAUUUUGUUAAUACGUGCCUUAACAUUACCUGGUGCUUUUGAUGGAGUCUUAUACUUCCUUACACCACAGUGGGAUAAACUGCUCGAUCCACAGGUAUGGUACGCGGCUGUUACACAAGUCUUUUUUUCGUUGGCUAUUUGCUUUGGAAAUAUUAUUAUGUAUGCUUCCUACAAUCGCUUUAAUCACAAUAUACAUAGGGACUGUACAAUAGUUACUUCACUUGAUACAUGUACCUCACUUCUUUCUGGCAUUAUUAUAUUUGGAAUUUUAGGCAAUUUAGCCUAUGAAAAUAAUACUGAUGAUAUAAAAAGUGUAGUUAAAGGCGGUACUGGGUUGGCUUUUAUUUCGUAUCCUGAUGCUAUAGCUAAGUUUACUUUUGUGCCACAGAUCUUUGCUGUUUUGUUCUUUUUGAUGCUUUUCGUACUCGGUGUUGGUAGCAAUGUAGGCAUGGCGUCCUGUAUACUGACGGUUCUUAAGGAUCAAUUCACGAAAACAAAGCACUGGAUAUUCGUUGUAUGCAUCGCUGUUGUUUGCUAUGGUAUCGGUUUAAUAUAUAUCACACCGGGCGGACAGUUCUUACUUAAUUUUUUGGACUUCUACGGUGUAUCAUUUAUAGCGUUAGUUUUAGCUAUAUUUGAAUUAGUCGCCGUUGGUUGGGUCUACGGUGUUAAACGGCUUUGCAAUGACGUUAAAUUCAUGUUAGGAAUCAAAACUUCAAUAUACUAUCGCAUUUGUUGGGGCAUAGUUACCCCAUUAUUCAUGGCUGCCAUUCUUAUCUACACACUUGUUCAAUAUGAGCCAUUAGAGUACAAUGGCGUCACAUAUCCAAGCGGUUUAUACGUUUUCGGUUGGUGCUUAUCAGCGUUUGGCAUAAGCCAAUUGAUCUUUUGGGCUAUACCGACAAUCCGCAAACAACCUGGCAAUACUUGGUGGGAAAGAUUUCGGAACGCAUUUAAGCCUAAGCCCAAUUGGGGUCCUCUCGAUUCACAAACAUUGAAGGAGUACAAAUAUUAUUGUGAAGAAAUGAACAAUAAUGAACCAUUAAAAAGUCGAAACUUUCUGCAGAAGUUUUAUGAUAACAUUUUUGGUUAACACCAUCGAAAUUCUUAACUCAGUUCUUUUAAUAAAAUUUGCAUAUAUUUAUUUAAUAAAAA